UACAGCACUAUUGCAAACAUUCAUCAAUCACAUAAACAGCAACUAAUUGAUAGUCACAUACCAAGCACAAUUGAAUAUUCGGAAUAUAGUGAAGAUACAUCAGACACACAAUGUCCUAAUAAUAGUGAUCAUAAAAGAGAUUUAACAUCCAGAAAGAAUGUGAAAAGUAGGUCGUCGCUUGCUUUGAAAGUCAAUGACAAUAAUUGUCGCGCUCAUAAUGGCUUUUCAAGUCACAAUGGAAAUGUAUCAAACUCAACAUCACCAAAUCGCAAUGGUAAAGUUUGCUUAUGUGAACUUGAGUAUCGUGACAAACGGAUGCGAUCUGAGUCUAUCAAUGUAGAUAAUUGGGAUUACAUUUACAAGGAAAAAUCGUUCGGAACUAAUUUGAAAAUCCCAGAAGAAUGCCAAGCUACGCCAAAGUCACCGCAGAAUUGUGAUCAUGGAUAUUUAUCAGGUCUUGGUGCACAAAAGCUUGAUACAAUCUUUCGACAUUAUUAUCCUGAAUCGGGAUUUGGUUGGAUUAUUGUUGCCUGUGCGGUUUUCAUUGCAAUUGUAACACACGGUUUGCAAUUGUCUGCUGUGUUCUUUUUAAAACCUGUGCUGAAUCGAUUCAAAGUUACUGAAGUUGAGUGCCUUGUGAGA